UGCGUUGUCAUAAAUCGAGCGACGGUUGGUCGAUACGUCUUUUCCCGGGAAUCAGUUAUCUCUCGGGCUCUGGACCCUACUAAGCCAAAAAAGGGGAUGUCUUUACGCUGCGGGGGCGCCGCCCGCACUCUGCGACCACAGGUAUUUGGAAGGUAUUUAUGCAGCCCAGUCAGAACGUUAAGUUCCUUGCCAGAUAAAAAGAAGGAAUUUUUACAGAAUGGACCAGACCUUCAAGAUUUUUUAUCUGGUGAUCUUGCAGAUAAGAGUACUUGGGAUGACUAUAAAGGAAUCUUAAAACGUCAGAAAGGAGAAAGGUUAAGACUACCUCCAUGGCUAAAGACAGAGAUUCCCAUAGGGAAAAAUUACAAUAAGCUGAAAAAUACAUUGCGGAAUUUAAAUCUUCAUACAGUGUGUGAGGAAGCGCGCUGUCCCAAUAUUGGAGAGUGUUGGGGAGGCGGAGAGUACGCCACAGCCACAGCCACAAUCAUGUUGAUGGGUGAUACAUGUACAAGAGGUUGCAGAUUUUGUUCUGUUAAGACUGCAAGAAAGCCACCGCCACUGGAUGCCAAUGAACCCUUCAAUACUGCAAAGGCAAUUGCAGAGUGGGGUCUGGAUUAUGUUGUUCUGACAUCUGUGGACCGAGAUGAUAUGCCUGAUGGUGGAGCUGAGCACUUUGCAAAGACUGUAUCACACUUAAAGGAAAGGAAUCCAAAAAUUCUUGUGGAAUGUCUCACCCCUGAUUUCCGAGGAGAUCUUAAAGCAAUAGAGAAAGUUGCUGUGUCAGGAUUAGAUGUGUAUGCACAUAAUGUAGAAACAGUCCCAGAAUUACAGAGGAAAGUUCGUGAUCCCCGGGCCAAUUUCGACCAGUCUCUGUGUGUACUGAAGCAUGCCAAGGAAGUUCGGCCUGAUGUUAUUUCUAAAACAUCUAUAAUGUUGGGUUUAGGGGAGAAUGAUGAGCAAGUAUAUGCAACAAUGAAAGCACUUCGUGAAGCAGAUGUGGACUGUUUGACUUUAGGACAAUAUAUGCAGCCAACAAAGCGCCACCUUAAGGUUGAAGAAUACAUUACUCCUGAAAAGUUCAAAUACUGGGAAAAAGUAGGAAAUGAACUUGGCUUUCUUUAUACUGCAAGUGGCCCUCUGGUGCGUUCUUCAUAUAAAGCAGGUGAAUUUUUCCUGAAAAAUCUAGUGGCCAAAAGAAAAACCAAAGCUCUCUAAAGCUUAAACAGACAAAACCUUCAAGAUCAUGGGAAUUCUGAAAAUUUGAUUCCAGUUUGUAACAGAGGAGCCAGAAUGCCAGACUUCAGUGGAUGUGCCCCAACUCUCUUUGUUU